UUGGUCGGAGCGAGAGAGCCGUUGGCGGGGUCGGUGACUCCAGAACCCAGCCCCAACUUCGCGUCAUCCUGCUGAUGAAGCGCGUUCCCUCUUCAACACUGUACUUGUAGACUCUCGCGGACAACGUCCCAAAUGACCAUGCCAGGGCUCACAAUACAGACUGAUGUCGCUCCUCGCUCCCACUCUCCCGAACCUCCACCUGCCUCUCCCUUAACACCCACCGAAGAAGCUCCAGCGCCACCGCUCGCCCCAACCCAAGCACCGGCGGCAGCUAUUGCCACGGCUACUCCUCGUCAGCCUUCCGCGCCUCACCCACAAGCCGAACCACCUGCCGUCCUCUCUCACACGACGCAUCCUGAGCAGGUCCCGUCCCAACCAGUCCCACCCCCACAGCCCAUCGACUUCGAGUCCAACACGGAUGCCAUAGCCAUCAAGUCCGCCAUCUCCAUCCUCCAGCUCCAGAAGAAGCGAGCAGAGGAGCACAUCCGUCUCCUCGACCAGAGUGCGCAGGCCGCGCGUGAUGACCCACAGCGGACGGCCGAGUACCUAGCCAAGGGCGACACGAGUGACAUGCCCUGGAAGGAUGCCUUUCAGAUGCAGAGCGUGGCGCACAUGCCCAACGUCCGAUGGAGCAAGUAUGCGGUCGUGGGCGAGUCGCUAGACAAGAUACACCAGGAGCAGAGCAAGCGGCCGCCCGACACCAAGCCGGCAGUGUAUGCGGACGGGGUGUACACCGAGCAGGCAUCGGCGAACUCGAGUACGGCCGGGAGGGCAGAAGAACAUCGUGGCCCGUUCGCGGCGUACUCGCCCUUUGUGGACAAGGGGAAGCAGCCCAUGGCGCCGCCCAAGAGCAAGAAAUGACCGUUACGAUGUAUAAUGCGACACGAAUAUGGAAUGUAUAGACACGACGCGAUGCUCAGGCAAUGACAAAUUUUAAUA